AUGGCAGCGAUCAGAAUAAUCCAUCAUACCAAGUCCGCAUCCCUGUCCCUCCAUUCGAUUGCCGAAAGAUCGGGCAAAAAGGGCAACUGGGCGAACAGGAACCGCGGGGUGGUGCUUGUCUUCUGCAUCGUCUUUCUCGUUGUGGUCGGAAUCAUGGCACUCUUUGCAUACCGACGAAUGUUGAAACGAAAAGCCGACAAGGAGUCCUAUGAGACGACGCGUGAUUAG